CGAUUGGGUGUCGUCGCUUGCGCGCGCGCGCUGCGGGAGGAUCGGAGCGCGCGCGGCGGCCGUUGGCGGGAGGCGGCAGCAUGGCGGUGGAGCCGCCGCGGGAUGCGGUGUGGCCGGAGGGCGCGGGGGCCGAGGCGGGCUUCGUGCGCGCCGUGCUCUCGCUGCCCGAGAAGCCCGACACCACCGUGCGCUUCUUCGAGCGCGGCGACUACUACACGGCGCACGGUGCCGACGCGCGGCUGGCCGCCUGCGAGCUCUUCCGCACCCGCGCCGUCAUCCGCCAGCUGGCGGGGGCACCGGGAACUCAGAAACUUGAGAGUGUCGUGCUUAGUAAAAUGAACUUUGAAUCUUUUGUGAGAGAUCUGCUUUUGGUUCGUCAUUACAGAGUUGAAGUUUACAAGAACAAAGCAGGGAGUAAAUCUAUCAAAGAAAAUGACUGGUAUUUAGCAUAUAAGGGUUCUCCAGGAAAUCUUGCCCAGUUUGAGGAAGUUCUGUUUGCCAACAAUGAUAUGUCAACAGCCAUUGGGGUUGUGGGGGUUAAGCUGUCUACUACUGAUGGACAAAGAGUAGUAGGAGUGGGGUAUGUCGACACUACGCUGAGAAAAUUGAGUGUCUGUGAGUUUCCAGAUAACGAUCAGUUCUCAAACCUUGAAGCUCUACUGGUUCAACUAGGACCGAAGGAGUGUGUGCUACCAGGAGGAGAGACUGCAGGAGAGAUGGGAAAACUACGACAAGUCAUUCAGAGGGGAGGAAUCCUGAUUACAGACAGGAAGAAGGCAGAUUUCACAACAAAAGAUAUUGUUCAGGAUCUCAAUCGUUUGUUAAAAUCAAAAAAAGAAGAACAAAUGAAUAGUGCAGCAUUGCCAGAGAUGGAAAAGCAGGUUGCUGUUUCGUCUUUGUCGGCCAUUAUCAAGUUUUUAGAGCUGCUGUCAGAUGAGUCUAACUUCGGACAGUUUGAACUGACUACUUUCGAUCUUAGUCAAUAUAUGGUUCUAGAUAAUGCAGCUGUUCAAGCCCUCAACCUUUUUCAGAGUUCUGUGGAAAAUGCUAAUACGGCACAGUCUCUAGCUGGUUUACUAAAUAAAUGCAGAACCCCUCAAGGACAAAGACUAGUUAAUCAGUGGAUUAAACAACCGCUUAUGGACAAGAAUAGAAUUGAAGAAAGGUUGAACUUGGUUGAAGCUUUUGUGGUGGAUCCAGAGCUGCGUCAGUGCCUUCAAGAAGAUCUCUUACGUCGCUUCCCAGAUCUUAACCGACUGGCAAAGAAAUUUCAGAGACAAGCAGCAAACUUACAGGACUGUUACCGAAUGUAUCAGGCUAUUAAUCAACUGCCUAAUGUUGUACAAGCACUAGAAAAACAUGAAGGAGCUCACCAGAUGUUGUUGUUGGCAGUGUUUAUAACACCUCUUAAUGAUAUCUACUCUGACUUCUCAAAGUUUCUGGAGAUGAUAGAAACAACAUUGGACAUGGAUAAGGUGGAGAAUCAUGAAUUUCUUGUCAAGGCUUCUUUUGAUCCUAAUUUGACAGAAUUAAGAGAGAAGAUGAAUGAACUGGAAGAAAAAAUGCAGUCCUUUUUAAAGAGCGCAGCCAAAGAACUAGGUUUGGAAGCUGGCAAAAGUAUCAAACUGGAGACAAAUUCACAGUUUGGACAUCACUUUCGAAUAACUUGCAAGGAGGAAAAAGUUCUCCGUAACAAUUCAAAAUAUGGAAUAGUUGAUACGCAGAAGAAUGGUGUUAAAUUUACUAACAGCAAGCUGAGCUCCGUCAAUGAUGAAUACAUAAAGAACAGAGAAGAGUAUGAAGAGGCUCAGGAUGCAAUUGUUAAGGAAAUCAUUAACAUUGCUUCAGGUUAUGCAGAACCAAUACAGACGAUGAAUGAUGUGAUAGCUCAAUUAGAUGCAAUUGUCAGUUUUGCUCAUGUGUCAAGUGGAGCACCAGUGCCGUAUGUCCGUCCUGUCAUUCUGGAAAAGGGACAAGGAAGGAUUGUGCUGAAAGGUGCCAGGCAUCCUUGCAUCGAAGUGCAAGAUGAGGUGGCCUUUAUCCCCAAUGACAUUACAUUUGAGAAGGGCAAGCAGAUGUUCCACAUUAUUACUGGCCCUAACAUGGGGGGAAAAUCAACCUACAUCCGACAGACUGGGGUGAUUGUUCUUAUGGCCCAAAUUGGGUGUUUUGUACCAUGCGACUCUGCAGAAAUAACCAUUGUGGAUUGUAUCCUGGCUCGGGUGGGAGCUGGAGACAGUCAGCUGAAAGGUGUGUCUACUUUCAUGGCUGAAAUGUUAGAAACGGCUUCGAUCCUUAGGACAGCAUCUGAAAACUCCCUGAUAAUAAUUGAUGAGCUGGGAAGAGGAACUUCUACCUACGAUGGCUUUGGUUUAGCAUGGGCUAUUUCCGAACACAUUGCUAGCAAAAUCUGUGCUUUCUGUAUGUUUGCUACACAUUUUCAUGAACUGACAGCUCUUGCUGACCAAGUGCCAACAGUAAAUAACCUACACGUUACUGCUCUGACAAGUGAUGAUACGCUCACGAUGCUUUAUCGUGUCAAGGAAGGUGUUUGUGACCAAAGUUUUGGAAUACACGUAGCAGAGUUGGCGGCUUUCCCAAAACAUGUGAUAGAAAGUGCAAGAGAGAAGGCAUUGGAGCUGGAGGAGUUUCAAAACAUUGGCAAGUCGAGGGAAUCUGAAGGAGAACCACCAGCCAAGAAAUUCUACAGAGAAAGAGAGGAAGGUGAAAAGAUAAUUCAGGAUUUUCUUUGUCAAGUGAAAGCGUUGCCCCUGACAGAUAUGUCAGAAGAAGACAUCAAAAUCAAGCUGAAACAGCUGAGGAAUGAUGUGUUGGCAAAGAACAACAGUUUUGUGAAUGAAAUCAUUUCCCGAACAAAAGUUACAUCAUGAAAGAUGUGAGAACAGGAUACGGCUCUUGAAGCAUGUUUUACACUGCAAGAACUAUCAUUUUCUUGUCUUGUAGCUUUUAUACUUUAUGAUACUUGUACCGAUUUAUGUAGGCAUUUUUUUCUUGGAUUGUAAUUAUUUUGAAAAAAAUUCUGAGCACAUUCUGUGCCAGAUUCCUGCUUUAGUUGUGUUCAUUGUGUCCUUCUAGAAGUUUUCAAUAAAAUGCUUUUUCAGUAUUGAGAGAAUUAGUGACUGUCCAAACAAAACACAUAGUAUUUUACCAGCAAAGUGUGCUAGAAAGUGUAACAACUGAGAUGGCAUACAACUACCACAGCCUUGAAAAGCAACAGUGCAUACACAAAAUCAUUGUCCUAUAACCUGAUUCUUUUUUAUAUGAUGCAAUUACAUGAAUUUAGCAAAGUUUUAAUAACGCUAUAUUAGUGCUCCAUUAGGAAAAAAGCAUCUAAUUUAAGUGAUUGGUCAUAAAAUAAAAUUUUUGCAUGUGUACCUGCGUGGAGCUUGGGGGACAGGGCAGGAUUUUUUUGGUUUGCUAUGUGGGUGGUAAUGCUUGAGUCAAAUAUACUACGGGCCUGCUCUUCAUGCCUGAGUGGUGAUAACUCUUGCACAUUUUGGUUGUUUUGUAAUGUGAGCAGAGGCUGGGGUGAAGUUACAGUUUAACUGGGACUUCUGAGUUGGUCAUGAUUUGUGAGGUCUAUGAGGAAAGAAUGCGUUGAUUUUUAUCUAAUGUGCUUCUCGCACUGAGACAGUUUGAAAGCACGCAGAUGCAAGUUUAUAUUCUCCUUGAAAUUUAACAUUUUAAAUUGUAGCUCAAGAACACUUUACCUAUAUUUAAAAUUGUCAGUGUUGAAAGAUUAAUGGGGAAAAAGUGUUUAUCCCAUGAGAUCAUAGGAACAAAAUCAUGCUGAAGAUGCCAUGCAAACUCUUGCUGUCUUCAGGGAUUGCAUCAGUGGGUGUGUGCUGGGGACAGCAAUGCUGCUGUUAAAAGCUGUGCUAUAGCUCUGCGUCAGGGAUUAGUACGUUGCAGUGGUCUGCAUUUAAGCAUUCCAACAAUAGUUAUAAAAAAGGUGUGGUGUUCAGUUUGCUUUUUGUAGUUAGACUAGAACUUGGACAUACUAGAUAUACUUCUCAACAAAAGAAAAUAAAGGCUUGCAUGAAA